AUGGACGGAAAUAUAAAACUGGACACUGACAGUAUAAGCAUGACUGUUGUUAACAUGACGGAUCAUGACAAAGAGCGUCUGGCGAAGGAAAACCACUCCGAUAUCGAAAGACGGCGGAGGAACAAAAUGACGCAGUUUAUAAACGAGUUGGCAGAACUCAUCCCUGCUUGCAACAGUCAGCCAACGCAAACGAAGCCCGACAAAUUGUCGAUUCUUAAAUGGGCGGCCGACCAUGCCGAGCAACUUCCAGGCGCUUUCAACCGCGCUUAUCCCUAUCUAGUCACGCUGGAAAUGUUCGAUCACAUCAUGUACACGGCCACGAGAGGAUGCUUUUUACUUCUCGGGAAGUUUGAUCUUGAAAUUAUCAAUCACAGCGAAACAGCGGUCGAAAUCUUCGGAAAAAGCAACAUGACGCAAAUGAAAUUCUUGGAUUUCGUGCAUGAAAAGGACAAAGAAAUCGUCAGAAAUUUGCUCUGCGCGACGAUCAAUUUCGACCAGAAUAUGCUGGAUAUGAAGAGUUUCACUGUUAGAACGACUUCGGCGCAGCUUCCAAGGGGGCCACCAAUAGAAGGAGUUACAGCUGGCGCGAAUAAUAAUAAAAGAGAGUGCAUAUGCAGGCUGAAGACUGAAAAAGCACAGUUCUUAAACGCGUCGAACAGCCCUAGCUCCGCAGAUGGGUAUUGCGUCGCGACCAUCACUGCUUCUUUGAUUCCGGCAAUCGAAGCUGGCCCCUACAAUGAAACCUGGGCAGUGCUUAUCCGCCAAGAACAACCGAUCGAACCUCAAACCAGCUCUGGCCUUGUACACGUCAAUGGCGGCGCAGUCAAUCCUCUUUCAAAAUGCACGGUGAAGAUUGGCCUCGAUGGCACGAUAGCGUACUGCGACGAUUUUAUCGUGAAGUUGCUCGAUCUCGAGGCCGGCGCGCAGAAAAGGAUAAUUGGCAAGAAGUUUUGGGAAGUGUUUUCUGAAAAACUCGGCAGCUCUCAAGCGGAGAACGAUUUAAAAUCGUUGAUAAUGGAAGGCUGCACGCGAGAAAGAGAGGCCAAGAUCGUCCUCAACAAAAACGGCCAGGUGCUGAUGUGCCUGCGCCCAAUCGUGAACCCUUCCUCGAAGAAAACCGAAUUCAUCAUCGCCAGUCUCAAACAAGUUCCACACUCCUGA